CGCUUUGUAAGAGCCCAACAAUUUGAUGUUAAUGCAUCAUUCGAUCAAUUCCACCACUUUCAAGCCUGGUGUAGAGAACGCAAUAUUUCAGGAUUUUACAAGAAUCUUGAUGUUGAUGUAUAUGAUGAAACCCGCAAAAUGCUCACAAAGACAAGCUUGGAUGGUUAUUUGAAAUUUCUGAGCAAGACAGAGGGACCAGCCUCUCACGCUCAUCCCGAUGUGCCGGUCCAUGUGCUUCAUCUUCACGCAUUAUACGAAAAUCCCUUGCAAUUCGUUUUCCCCCUCGUUUCGGAGCUACCUCGGCUAGAUGCGAAACAUCCUGUCUCAUCGUCAACACAUAUUGUUGACAUCAGGAACCUGAGCGUGUUUCAAUUUUGGAGCAUUCGCAAAUAUCUUCAGGAAGCCAGCAGAAUCGCCACUACUCAUUAUCCAAAAACUCUUGGAAGAGUCUCUGUGAGUAAACUGUUCCUAGGGCUCCCUACAAGGUCCUUUGGAUUAAGAGACCGAACUGACUUUGUCUCAGGUUUUCAGCGCUCCUGCUUUCUUCAAAUCGGUAUGAAAAGCAAUAACCUAGUGAUCUUCGUGCUCUCGUCUUCAGAGUCUGAGUUGUUUUCUCUCGCGAAUAUCGCCGCUUUAGAUCUUCCAAAGGAACAGGGCUGGAGACUUGAGGGGGACCGGUAA